ACUCAGUCAGCUGAGCCAGGCUGUUCUGCUGGCUCUACCUCUCCGCAGGUGUUCCCAGUUGACCGGUGGGCGGGGCACACACGCCGGGAUUGGUUCAGCAGCAUCUUGCCACGCUACAAGAACUGCGUGCGGACAGCAGGAGGAUGCCAGAAUGUUAUCAGUCGUUGGCUUCACCCGAGUGCUCUCGUCAGAUCCUCCUACGGGACUCCCUCUCGAGUAUACCUGUCGCCCCGAGCUCCUCUGGUUCCUCCGCUGUCCCAGAACGUUCGAUCAACGACGCUGCUCAGACCCCCACUCCACCUACACCCUCCCCGGUCCCUGAAGCACCUGCCACCGUCGUACGUCACGCUGAGUCCUCACCGUCCCCUCCCGGUCCGGUCGCCGCGCCCGGUGGUAAGCGUACGCACCUCAGAUCCUCCUCCCCUGAGCUUUUCCCCCUCUAAUCAUCUCUCCUUACCUUUCAGUGAUUCACCGGGCCUCGUUCCCGUUGUUACCUCUUCGCCA